CUGACAUUUAGGGAUGUGACCGUAGAAUUCUCUCUGGAGGAGUGGCAAUGCCUGGACACUGUUCAGCAGAAUUUAUAUAGGAAUGUGAUGUUAGAGAACUACAGAAACCUGGUCUUCCUGGGUAUUGCUGUCUCUAAGCCAGACCUAAUCACCUGUCUGGAGCAAGGAAAAGAGCCCUGGAAUAUGAACAGAUAUGAGAUGGUAGCCAAACCCCCAGGUAGAUUUAUUUUUGACCUAACCGGUGGUCUAUCAAAAAGAAUGUUGUAUGAGCUAUUGCAAAGGGUGUGUUUCCUGAUAUUGAGAAGUGUUUUCUAUAUCUCCGGGCGAGUUAUGUGUUCUCAUAUUGCCGACGACCUUUGGCCGGAGCAAGACAUAAAAGAUUUUCCCCAAAAAGUCAUACUGAGGAGACAUGAUAAAUGUGAACAUGAGAAUUUACAAUUAAGAAAGGGCUGUAAAAGUGUGGAUGAGUGUAAGGUGUGCAAAGGAGGUUAUAAUGGACUUAACCAAUGUCUGAUAACUACCCAGAACAAAAUAUAUCAGUGUGAUAAAUAUGUGAAAGUCUUCUAUAAAUUUUCAAAUUCAGAUAGACAUAAGAUAAGACAUACUGAAAAGAAAACUUGCAAAUGUAAAGAAUGUGGCAAAUCAUUUUCCAUGCUUUCACAACUAACUCAACAUAAGAGAAUUCAUAUUAAAGAGAAUUCCCACAAAUGUGAAGAAUGUGGCAAAGCCUUUAACAAGUCCUCAGCCCUUACUCGACAUAAGAUGACUCAUACUGGAGAGAAACCCUACAAAUGUGAAGAGUGUGGAAAAGCUUUUAACCGGUCUUCACACCUUACUCAACAUAAGAUAAUUCAUACUAGAGAGAAAUCCUACAAAUGUGAGGAGUGUGGCAAAGCCUUUAACCGGUCUUCACACCUUACUCAACAUAAGAUAAUUGAUAGUAGAGAGAAGCCCUACAAAUGUGAUGAAUGUUGCAAAGCCUUUGACUUGUCCUCAGCUCUCACUACUUUUACUCAACAUAAGAGAAUUCAUACUGGAGAGAAACCCUACAAAUGUGAAGAGUGUGGAAAAGCCUUCAAACAGUCCUCAGCCCUUACUCGACAUAAGAUGAUUCAUAGUGGAGAGAAACCCUACAAAUGUGAAGAGUGUGGUAAAGCCUUUAACCAGUCUUCACACCUUACUCAACAUAAGUUAAUUCAUACUGGAGAGAAACCCUACAAAUGUGAAGAGUGUGGUAAAGCCUUUAACCGGUCUUCACACCUUACUCAACAUAAGGUAAUUCAUACUGGAGAGAAACCCUACAAAUGUGAAGAGUGUGGAAAAGCCUUUAACUGGUCUUCACACCUUACUCAACAUAAGGUAAUUCAUACUGGAGAGAAACCCUACAAAUGUGAAGAGUGUGGUAAAGCCUUUAACCAGUCUUCACACCUUACUCAACAUAAGUUAAUUCAUACUGGGGAGAAGCCCUGCAAAUGUGAAGAGUGUGGCAAAGCUUUUAACCGGUCUUCAUACCUUACUCAACAUAAGAGAAUUCAUACUGGAGAGAAACCCUACAAAUGUGAAGAGUGUGGAAAAGCCUUUAACUGGUCUUCAUAUCUUACUAAACAUAAGAGAAUUCAUACUAGACAGAAGGCCUACAAAUGUGAUGAAUAUUGCAAAGCCUUUAACUGGUCCUCAGCUCUUACUACCCUUAUUCAACAUAAGAUAAUUCAUACUGGAGAGAAACCCUACAAGUGUGAAGAGUGUGGCAAAGCCUUUAACUGGUCUUCAUACCUCAUUAGACAUAAGUUAAUUCAUACUGGGGAGACGCCCUACAAAUGUGAAGAAUGUGGCAAACCUUUUAAUCGUUUCUCAUACCUUACCAUACAUAAGAUAAUUCAUGCUGGAGAGAACCCCAACAAAUGUGAAGAAUGUGGCAAAGCUUGUAACCAUUCCUCAAACCUUACGAAACAUAAUUCAUAA